AUGUUAAAUAACACUAUAGAAAUAAAUACAAACACUUCAGAAAUGCAAAUAUUGGAUGAAAAUUGGUUUGAUGUUAACGAAAAGAGUAUAGACGAACCUAUCCUUAUACCAAGAACCUUUGAAUUGAAUGAAGCUGAUAUGAUACAUGAUGAAAACUCUGAUUCUGAUAGUGAGUUUGAUGAUUUUGAAAGUGAAUAUGAUGAAAAUUUCGAUAAUGAUACUGAGAGUGAUAUUAGAGUUGAGCAAAAUAAGCCAAAAAAGUUAACCCCAUUAGAUAGUAGCGAAGUUUUAGAAACAAAUGGAUCUUUAGAAAAUCUAGGAGUUUGCAGUUAUCAUUUUAAUCAUGACCAAAAAUUACAUGAUUUAAAAACUAAAAAAAAAAAAUCUACAGCAGAUAGUAUUCUACAUAGACGCAGGUGUCUCUUUUGUGGAAAACUUUUUCACUUUUUUAGUCGGGGAAAUGGAUGUUCAAAACAUUCAACAUGGGGUUUACUGGGAAAAAGUAUAAAAGUUGCCUGUAACGGACAACAUAAAUGCCCUGCCCUUGAGGAAUGUAAUCCAAUCUGUAAGUCUGUUUCCGAAGAUAAUAAAAAUUCACGUUAUAUUUGUUCAGAAUGUUAUGAAUUAGAAGGUGGCCAUUUUCAUGUAAAACCCGGUAAAGGAAAAUUAUCAACGACUUGUACCGAGCAAAAAUAUCAUGACCAUGAUAUUAAAAAAAAUUUAGAAAUAGUUGCGCGUUGGAUUUUUUAUGUUAAAGAUAAUAAAAACGAAGAAUAUCAAAAAAAAGUACUUGGAAUAUUUUUACCUUCUUAUUUUCACUUUUUAAAUGAAAAUUAUCAUGUUGAUAAUUUUCAUGAAAAUCCACUACAAUCAAACGAAUUAAAUGACACAUCUUCUAAUCAUUUAUUGAUUCCAAUAUUAUUGAAACUUCCUACUCUUUUUAUGGUUCGAACAUUGACGCGUUUAAAUAAAAUCCCAAUUUAUCCUAAUGAAAAAGAAUUAGAAGAAAAAGAUUUUGAGAAAAUUGGAAAGAUAGCCGGAGAUAAAUUAUGGCAAUCAUACAAACAUUUAAAAGAAAAUCAAACCUACCUUCGAUCUCCAACUUGUAUUACAGAAUAUAUUGAUGCAUUUCCUAAAUUUUUGAAGAUUUUCUUUGAAAAAAUGCUUUUACAAUUAGAAUCAAAAAAAAUAUUUCGAUCAAAUCGAAAAAAUAAAUCACAAAAUAAACCUUUAAAACAAUCUAAUCCUCAAGAAAUCAACAAAACCAUUUCUUUCUUACUUUCAGUAUUGAUAGGAUACGCUUUUCCUUAUUUUGAUCUUUGGCUUCCUGUUGUAUUGUCAUCUUUAUGUAGGAGACCGAAAUUAAUUUCUUCUCUUCAUGCAUUAUUAACAAAAUGUUUUAUAAUUGGACAUACAAAUCGUCAUGAGCGUCGGUUAGAAAAAACUAGAAUGCAAAGUAUUGACCCUACGAAGCGAUUAAGAAGUGGAAAUGAUAUAUUUAACUUGGCUGUAAUCGACAAUAUAGACUUUAAAGAAGCUAGUUUUGGGUUUGGUAACAUUUAUGAUGUAACACGUGAAACAUCACAUGCGACACUAAGAAUGGUAUUUCAAUCAACCUUACCUAUACUUGUUAAUGAAAUACCUGAACCAAUCAAAGAAUUAAAUGUCAAUACUCAACUUUUUGGGAUGACGCAAGGAAUGAAUAUAAUGCAAAGCAAAAUUGAUUAUGCUUUUGAAAAAUUGUUAGAUUUUCAAAAGAGUACAGAUGAAAAUAUAAGUUAUAAUAAAGAUUUAGAUGUUGAUACAAUUGAAAAAGAAAUUCUUACCCGCUGUGACUUUGGUUGUUUAAUCCCACCUUCUAAUGUAGUUAUUUUAACCCCUACUGGUUCCCCAAAUGAUGACAAUGAAAUUUUUCGUGCCACACAAAUGUAUAAAGAAGAAUUUUCAUUAAAUGAUGAUGGAUAUCUAGAUAUUUGCGCAGAUGAGGCCAUUUUUAGAAGGCUAAUAAAAUCACGCACUAGAUGGGAAAAAAUAAGACCUAUAUUAGGUCAAUGGCAUACUUCUAGAGAAAUGCUCGGUGUAUUACUUACUAUCUUUUCAAGCUAUGGGAUUUUUCACUUGGCUGCAGCAAUUGGAGUUCGCUUCUUAGAUAAACUUCAGGCUGUUGUAGACAAUAGAUCAACACGAAGAGUGCUGGAAUUAAUAUGGGUUGCUGUUGGCAUAGCAAUCCAUAUUUAUGCAAAAAAAAAGAAUAUUAGCAUUGAAAAUAUUUCAACUGAACCAACAGAUAAUAAUAAUGUUUGCGUUAAAGCUUGGUACUUUUAUUAUAAAUAUUUUGCAAUGUGGAAAAGUCACCUUAUUGGAAUACGAAUUGGUAAUUAUGAAUUACAACAUGAUAGUCUAACAGCUUUUGCGCCUCUUUUCCCAGCUGCUGGUAAAAAUAACUAUACAACAUCUGUGGCUCAUUUUUUAUCAAUCCUUAAAAAGUACCCCAAUUUGGAAAAAAAACUCAAACAUUGUGCCUCUAUCAAUUUAACAAGAAAAGGUCACUAUCUAGCAUAUGAUGAAGCUUUAGAGGUGCAUGGAGUUGGAUAUGUUAAACAAAAUAUAAUUGGAAAUGUUAUCAAUCAAGAGAAUCUAAAUCUUCAAAUUAAGGCAACUCAGGAGGAAAAAGAAAGAAUUGAUAUAUUAUUAAAUGAAUUUUUAGAUCCUUAUAAUUAUAACAGAAAAGAUCGUAAAAUUGAUAAUAGAAUUGAUCCUCUGUGGAAAUUGGUAGAAAAUUUGGUUGAAAUAUUUGAAACAUGUAAUUAUACAGAGCAUGAGCUUUUUAAAAACAAUCCUCCAUCGCAAUUAACUCAAGAAGGAUUGGAGAAGUUGAGUAAUGCUUACAAUGAAGGAUUAAAAAGAAUAAAGGAAGUUUAUUGUCAGGAGGUUAUUAAAACUGAACGAAUAAAUACAAAAGGAAGGAGACAUUUAGAAGUAGUUAAAACAGAUAUAAGAUCGAUAAAUAAGUCAAUAGUACCUUCACAAAAAAGAAAAGUACCUGAAAAUGAUGAAAGUACAUCCCGUUCAAUACCAAUUAAUGAUGAUUCUCAACAUUCAAAUGAUAAAAAUCCUGCUUCUAGACGUAAAAGAACAAUUACAACAAAAGAAGAAAAAGAAAUAUUAAAAUCCUUACUGCUUAACGAAGCAACACCAACUGAUGAAGAAAUUAAUGAUAUUUUAACUAACUUACCUUCUACAUGGGAUAUUCAAAGAGAACACUUGGAAGAACCAGAUUUAGGUAUAUGGGGAGGGAACUUGAAAGAACCUGGUAAAGUAUAUUGGGAGAAGUUAUCGGACUCCUAUGAACUUGGAAGAACUGGAUUUAGGUAUAUGGAAGAGAAUAUUACAGGAUUUAUGGUUGGUUUAUUUGCAGAAGCCAGUGGUAUUGCGAAGAUGGUGACUGCAGUAUCUUGUGCUAAAGUAUCACAAUUAACGGUUAUUAUUGGCGGUAAUUUUGGAAAUUAUGGAUCUUCGAUUCUUUCAAUUCUUUGGCUUUGGAUAUCAGCUUUGGUUCUUGGAUGUUGGGAUAUCGGCUUUAAUUCUUGGGCAUUGGAUAGGCAUGAAAUUUCAGUGACCAGUUCUUUAGAUCUUUGGACGUGUGAAAUUUUGACUUUAGAUUAUAUGAUAGAUAGGACAUUAGAUAAGAUAUUAGAUUAUACAAUAGAUAGGACAUUAGGACAUUAG